AAAAAUAAUGAAUUAUAUAAAAUGAAUUUAUUUAAAAGGCAGUCUGGUUUUUCAUCUCUCCACAGAAUUGAGAAUGAUUCAUAAGUAGUAGAUUUGGACCUCUCCUUCUUACUUGGCCACCUCUGAGUCUGAAACUUGAAAAGGCUUCAAUUUUAAGAUUCCAGAUUCGUGCUGAAGAUCAUUACGCCUUUUUCGUUUUCAUUCAUUGCUUCUUUCCCUAUUCCCUGCUUUAUAAUCCCGUAAUUCCAAUUCCCUGUUUUUUUUUUUUUUUUGGGUUGAAAAGAAAGAUCUGUUUUGCUUUGUGUGCCAGCCAGCCAACCAGCCAAACAUCAUCGCCAUUCCUAGCCAGCUCGAUCCCAUUCCUGAUAUCUGUCUCCUUCUUUUCUAAACGUUUCGCUCUUCGAAACGUUUUUAUUGCGUUUCUCUUUUCUCUUCACUCGUUUCUCUCUUUCGGGGUCUUCGUUCGUUGAUGGUCAUCUAAAUCUCUUCUGAAACCGACCUCGUCCAGAAUUCACUCCGUGAAAGAUGGUUGCAUUCGGGAAGAAGUUGAAGCAAAGACAAAAUGACGAAUGGCAACGAUAUUACAUUAACUAUAAGUUAAUGAAGAAACGAGUAAAACAAUAUGCUCACCAAAUUGAAAUUGGUGCACAAGAUCGUCGACAUGUUCUCAAGGAUUUUUCAAGAAUGCUGGAUAAUCAGAUUGAGAAGAUUGUCCUAUUUCUUCUGGAAGAACAAGGUCGCCUGGCAAGCAGGAUAGCCAAGCUUGGAGAAAGGCAUAAUGCUCUUCUUGAGCAGCCUGAGAUAUCUCAAAUAUCUGAACUUAGAGAAUCUUAUAGAGAAGUAGGGCAAGACCUGUUAAAGCUUCUAUUUUUUGUCGAGAUAAAUGCCAUUGGUCUCCGUAAGAUAUUGAAGAAGUUUGACAAACGCUUUGGCUACAGAUUCACUGAUUAUUAUGUCAGAACUCGUGCCAAUCAUCCAUACUCACAACUGCAGCAAGUAUUUAAGCAUGUGGGGUUAGGGGCUGUUGUGGGUGCCUUGUCUCGCAAUCUUCAUGAACUUCAGGACCGUCAAGGAAGCUACUUAUCAAUAUAUGAUGAGACUGCUCUUCCACUCCAGGAUCCUGUUGUCGAUGCAAUAAAUGCAGCUGUAGACAGGUUAACCUAUUCAACAAACUUUCUUACCUUCUUGGCACAACAUGCAUUCAUUAUGCAAGAAGAUUUGCCUACUCCCACCGGGGAACAACCUGAUGACGGGAGAUAUCAUUUUAUGUCACUUCUCCUGAACCUAGUAAACACAUUUCUCUAUAUGGUAAACACAUACAUUAUUGUCCCUACAGCAGAUGACUACUCCAUGAGCCUUGGAGCUGCCGCAACAGUUUGUGGGGUUGUUAUUGGAGCUAUGGCUGUUGCACAGGUGUUUUCCUCUGUAUAUUUCAGUGCAUGGUCAAAUAGAUCAUACUUUAAACCUCUUGUAUUCAGCAGUAUUGUUCUGUUUAUGGGAAACCUUAUGUAUGCUAUGGCUUAUGACGUUCGUUCAAUUUGGGUUCUUUUGAUUGGUCGUCUUUUCUGUGGAUUGGGUUCUGCUAGAGCAGUUAAUAGGCGCUAUAUUAGUGAUUGUGUGCCACUAAAAAUCCGCAUGCAAGCAUCGGCUGGUUUUGUCAGUGCUAGUGCACUUGGAAUGGCUUGUGGUCCUGCUCUUGCUGGCUUACUUCAAACUAAUUUUAAGAUUUACAAGCUUACAUUCAAUCAAGACACUUUGCCUGGGUGGGUGAUGGCUAUUGCAUGGCUCGUGUAUUUAGUUUGGUUGUGGAUCUCAUUUAGAGAGCCUGCACGUGAAUAUGAUGAUAUUCCUACUGCUGAGACAUCUAAUGCUGCUGCUGAAACAGUAGAAACCAAUGGGCUUGAGGAAGGUCUUAAACAGCCAUUGCUAAUCACUUCAGAAGACAAACAAGGUGAAGAUGAAGAUGGUGACCAAGAAUUUGAUGGAAGUGAAGAAGCUGCAGAGGAAUCUCGUCAACCUGUCACUUCAAUUGGGGCAGCAUAUAGAUUACUAACACCCUCGGUGAAGGUUCAAUUGUUGAUAUAUUUCAUGCUCAAGUAUGUAAUGGAGAUUUUACUCUCAGAAUCCAGUGUUGUUACGACAUAUUACUUCGGUUGGUCUACAAGCAGCGUAGCAAUUUUCCUUGCCUGUCUUGGGCUGACAGUUCUUCCAGUAAACAUUCUGGUUGGAAGUUACAUUAGCAACAUGUUUGAGGACAGGCAAAUUUUAUUGGCAUCCGAAAUUCUGGUUUGCCUAGGGAUACUUCUAAGCUUCCACAUAAUAAUACCAUACACUGUUGUUCAGUAUGUCUGCUCGGGUCUCAUCUUGUUUGUAUUUGCCGAAGUACUUGAAGGUGUUAAUUUGUCACUUCUGUCUAGAGUCAUGUCAUCCCGGCUUUCCCGCGGAACCUACAAUGGUGGUUUACUGUCGACAGAAGCAGGUACACUUGCUCGAGUAAUUGCAGAUGCUACAAUAACCCUGGCUGGAUUUUUGGGGGAGAGUAGGCUCUUGAACAUCACCCUUCUACCGUCUCUUGUCAUAUGCAUAGGUUCAAUCGUUGCAACAUGUUGUACCUACAACUCUCUAUAUUGACCCUUAUUCAUAUAUCAUGUAUCAAAGAUGGUCUCUCAUUGGCAAUGCCUUGUCAUUUUAUUUGUUAGAUUUUCAGUUUGCUAUUAUCAUCAUCAUUCCAUUGUGUAUAUGGUCAUUUUAUUGGUAAGAAAUCUAGUUCAUGAGUAUCUUUCUCCAA